CAUUCGACGCUGGACCUUCCAUUCUACCUACAACCAUCCGCAGUACAAGACAUAACAAGAAAUUCAAAUAUGAGUGGUGCGCUGAUAUUUAUUCUAACAGUUGCAACCAUAUUCGGUGGAGUUAUCCAAGCUGCACCACCAGAUGCUGCUACUGUAGCGCUUCUUCUGUUCAGAGAAAGAUGUGUGAACGUAAGUGGAUCGGAUGAAGGUUUUUAUCAACUGUUCAGUUCCGUCGAGCCUGCCAAAGCCUGUUUGUUUGAGCAUGUGGGAGAGUUUCAACAGGAACCCCUGCCGCCGAUCGAUGAUUACGAAUCGAGGAAGGAGUUUUUCGACAGAAUUUGCCCAAAGGUAAAUGAAUCAGUGAGUUGUUUUGAAGAUGUUAUCGAAGGAGCAGCCAAGUGUACGACAGAAGCUCACGACAAGCUGACCCCUGUUAUCAAUGACAUUUUACACGGACUUGUCAACUUAAUUUGCCAAGAUAGCGGACAGCUUUACUACGAUAUAAAUAGUGCUGAAUUCGGUGAAUGUUAUAGUCAAGUACAAGCAAACCUUAUCGGAUGCAGACCUUCAGAAGCCACCGGAACGAUAUCAUCUAUUCCAAACACUGUGGAGCAAUGCCGAUUCGUGGUUGAAUCGCGCGACUGUAUUAAAGGAAUAUGUAGCUCAUCAACGUUGGAUCAAAUAGUGAACGAAAUUUCCAGAAAAUUAUUGAGCGCUACUAAAUGUGUAAAUGAUGUUUAAGAGUUGAUUUCAAAUUUGUACCUCUGAACUUCAGAGUCUGAAGAGCUAUAAUUAUAAUUCAAUACAAAACCACGACCGGUGAUCUUAUUCAUGAGCAGAUCCUUGAAAACCAGAAAGUACCACUCAAGCUUGUUUUUCAUUACCUACUAAAUAAAUCUAUGAAACAUGGAUAGGCUGGGGUGGUGGUCUGAAAGCUUUCGCUUCUAAUUUAAAUGCAAACGUCUAGAGUUUCACCACUUGUCCCG